AUGAACAUCAGCCGUGACCUCAGCAACUACCUGGUGGCGCUGACGGGAACGCCCUACCUCCUCAGAGAGUCGUUCCUGGGCUCGGAUCUCGGGAAGGAGUUCUUGUUUGCCUCAGACGCCGAGGUUCAGACGCUCCUCCGCAAGCACAGCAUGACGCGUUAUUCCCAGCUGAUCGACGCCAUCUCAUACGACUGUGAAGAACUGGUACUCAAAUGUUCAGUGGGACCUUACGUACUCAGUAAGACCGAAUGCUGUGCGGGAUUCUCCAUACAACCUUCAAUGGCUGGCAGGUGUUUCCAGUACUUUAACGACGGCACUUAUAGACAGACAAUCGAUGGCGAGUAUAUGGGAAUCACGGUUUACUUCAGUGUCCCCGAUAAUGAUACACCGGAGGUAGCCCCAGGUAUUCUCAACCUGAGUGGCUUCACCAAGACGGGGUUACAGGUGUCUUUCGCGAGCAACCACACCCACCCUUCGUUUCUCGCGGUGGGCCAAGGGGUACAUGUGACCCCCGCCCACUCCACGUUCAUCGACCUCUCCCUUUCCGUGGUAAAGGACAUCGGCAUGAAGACCAUGUUCGACCCCGGGGAAGAGGAGUGCCUUCCCAUGGACAGAAUUUCUUACAAGCAGAACAAGCAGGACUUCUUCUACACUGACCCCAACUGCGACCUUGGCCUAUUCCGACAGUGCUUUCUGGCGCUGUGUAACUGCACGCUGUAUGGGCUGGACUAUCCUGAAGAUUCGCCCUACCCGCAGUGUAACCUCGCGCAGACCGGCAAAUGUUACAAUUACGUUUUAGAUAAGUUGGAAUUAACGCCUUCGAACUUAGCCAACGAAGACAGGUCGACCGAGCACGAGAAAAUCGUUGAUAGCUGCUGGGACAAAGGCAGCAUCAAGUGCAAUCGACCUUGUGUUCGCUACGAUUAUAGUUACACGAGCAGCAAGUCCCGUCUGGACGAUAACGUCUAUCAAGCCCUCAAGGAGCAGUUCAACGUGUCAAACGAUUCGAGCGUGGCAAUCAUUAAGGCCUAUUUUCCCGCACUUCGCAACACGGAAAUCAAACUGUGGCGGACUGGCAUCGAAGACUUGAUCGGCAAACUUGGCGGUUACUCGGGCCUUUUCCUUGGGGCUUCUCUCAUCACCUUGGUCGAGGCCAUCGUCUUCGUCGUGCUCUUCUUCAUCGUCUUCGUCAGGAACGUUAACAGGAGGGUCAGCGGGAUCUCCCACCGCAACGCCACGCACCCGUCUACUCAGCCGGGGAAACCAGGGUCGUCGUACCAGGAUGAAUGAAUGGGUUAUUUGCGGUUGUGAAUGAGUGGAUUACGUGUGCUGUGUGGUUUGCUUGCGACUGUGUUGGAUUGUUUAUUUGUGACUGUGCUGAGUGGUUUGCUUGUGACUGUGCUGAGUGGUUUAUUUGUGACUAUGCUGAGUGGUUUCUUUGUGAAUGUACUGAGUGGUUUAUUUGCGACUGUACUGAGUGGUUCAUCUAUGACUGUGCUGAGUGGUUUAUUUGCGACUACUGAGUGGUUUAUUUGUGACUGUACUGAGUGGUUCAUCUAUGACUAUGCUGAGUGGUUUAUUUGCGACUGUGCCGAGUGUGGUUUCUUUGCCGUGUUGUCUCUGGUUGGAUGUGAAUGGUUCUUUGGGGGACC